AUGGCUGUUGUUAGUGGAACUUACCGUAUGGUGUCGGAGGAGGAGCAGGCUCUCAGAGCCAAGCUGGAACGUCUCACUGUCAAGGACCAUGGGCCAGUGUUUGGACCCUGCGCGAGUCUGCCAGACCACACCAAGCAGAAGGCCAAGGACGAGCUGAAUGAGACAGAUGAGAAGCGGGUGGCAGCAGUGAAGGAGCUGCGAGGAAUGAUUAAGGAGAAGGCAGAUGGAGGCGAUGACCUGGCCAAAGGCGUGCAGGACACGUUUGGGGAUAAACCAGACAGUAUGCUGGUCCGCUUCAUCCGCGCCAGGAAGUUUGAUGUGCCCAGAGCCUUUGAGCUUAUGAAGGGCUACGUGCGUUUCAGGAAGGAUUACCCCGAGCUAUUUGAGAAUCUGACCCCAGAGGCCGUACGCAGCACCAUCGAGGCUGGCUACCCCGGCAUCCUGCCGAGCAGAGACAAAUACGGCCGUGUGGUUCUGCUCUUCAACAUCGAGAACUGGGACUACGAGGAGAUCACCUUUGAUGAGAUCCUUCGGGCCUACUGCGUGAUCCUGGAGAAGCUGCUGGAGAACGAGGAGACUCAGAUCAACGGGUUCUGCAUCAUUGAGAACUUCAAGGGCUUCACCAUGCAGCAGGCGUCUGGAAUCAAACCCACCGAGCUCAAGAAGAUGGUGGACAUGUUGCAGGAUUCAUUCCCUGCCCGUUUCAAAGCUGUGCACUUCAUCCACCAGCCCUGGUACUUCACCACCACCUACAAUGUGGUCAAACCACUCAUGAAGGGCAAGCUGCUAGAGAGGGUGUUUGUCCACGGAGACGAGCUGGAAAACUACUACAAGGAGUUUGACGCUGACAUCCUUCCCUCUGAGUUCGAUGGAAAAGGUUCCAAGUAUGACGGCAAGGCCACAGCAACCAAGCUGUUCGACUAA